ACCACCCAAUCCAUAAGGUCGCCUCUUUAAAAUACGACCUGCACAGGUUGCCGGGAACCUAUUCUAACCCGGACCUCUGACACAAGUUUCGGUAAAACUAGUCACACGCAUCAGAUAAUAAUUUCUAUGUAUCCUAUCCUAAACCUCUAAAUGUUAAAAUCAGUUAAUCAUCUAUACCCAACCCUCCUCAAAUAUAGACCCUCACACACAAUACACUCAAGGACUCGCCCGUUGACAUAUUUUGCCGGUCACGGGUGACUUAUUGAACAGUGAAGCAAGCCUAAUUUCACCACACGCAUAUCAUGUGUCACUGGACGACACAUUAAGAUGUGUAUUCGCACUUAAAUGAAAAAACUUUGUGAUUCCCGCUGUGCCAACAAUAAUGCUAUCCUAUCCCAGAAACGUCAAGACAAAUUGCCUGGAAUUCCAUAUAAAAGCGAUAUAACACUUUGCUGAGCCAAGCUCCAACGCAUGCGCAUGUGGUUGACAGAGCCAAACGUACACAGAAGGCGCUUUGGUGAGUUGACACAUCUCGAAGUUAACCCAGCAAGACGCAGGAUUUACCAGUGGGUGUGAGGACGAAAGGGCUCGUUCAUUGCACAGUGUCUUCAGGCAAUUGACACCAGCUGACUUGCUGAGCGAGUGAAACAUACAAGCUUCACAUACAGCUGAGAGAGUGGCAAUCUUGCUAUUGUGUUGGACAACGAUUAUUGUAACCACAGCGUUCAGCUUGAGAGCAGAGCUAGACCGUGUCCAUCCUCUCGUGAGCCAAAUGUAUAUGAUGUGUGGGAGAGGAGAUAACAUUUACCCUCGUCGAUUUCAUGUGUGGAGUCCUUGGGGACUAUCACCCCUCUAGGAGCGUCGAUUUCGGUGGAAUUUUAAUGGAGGAGUGAGAUGUGGAGUAUCUUAUUCGAAUAUUUACUCAUCUCAUCCAUGAUCUGUUGAAUAUGUGUCAAUUUCGACUUUCGAUUGAAAUGUACGUAAAUGGAUUGCACUUCUCUAUUUACACGGCAUGAGGAGAUAUUGAUGUCCGUUGCAAGUGUAUGGAAUACUGGUCUUUUUAUUGAUGGUUUUCAUUUUGAGUCUGCUGAAGUAAAAGAAGAAGCGUGUAUUGAAGUAAACACAGAUAGCCAGUGACAGUUGGAGUGGCAUGUCUUGACAGCAGUGAAAUUGACAAGCUGUGACGUCGUGACUUGUUAGAUCAUAGUAUUUACAAGGCCUGUGUCAGACACUUGACGUCUACAAAAUGUACGUUGAAUUAACUAUUUCUCCAUACUCGCUUAUUGGAGCAUAUUUCAACAGUGUUUCUACUGGAGCAUAACUUUAACAGUGUUUCCACAGAACAUAUUUCAACUUUGUUUCCACAGAACAUAUUUCAAUAGUGUUUUUGCCAGAACAUAUUUCAACAGCAUUCAGACUGUUGUUUUGUUUCAUUGAUGUUAGAAAAAAAAUUAACUGGAUAAACAUUUUUUAUUUGGAUAAAUUCAGCGGGCUGAAAUCCAUGACCUGAUGUCAGUAUUGCAUUUCACUGUGGAUGAAAUAUAAGUCGUCAAUCACAUCAUCCAGUCUCAAGGACCACCCCACAAAUUGAAUUUACAGUCUUAAGAUCUGAGGAUCUAAAGAAUAAUUGCUUCUUUCGUUUGUGUCAUUGCAGUGUAGCAACACACAAUGGGACGGAAAGUGAAUUUAACACAUCUUUCCCAGGAAGAAUGUGAACAAGUGUUGCAAGUGAUCCAGAAGGAUUUUGAAUUACGACAAAAGGAGAAGGAAAGAUUAAGCAAAAUCGAAGAAGUUGUUCGUAAGGAGGAAGACAAGACAUCCAUUCUCACUCAGCAAGAUGAAUUCAACAAAAACUGCUGCAUUCGCUGUUGUCGUACUUUCGGAUACAUCUUCAACCGAAAACAGGAGUGCAAAAUGUGCGGGUAUUUCGUGUGCAAGUCCUGCAGCCUGUAUGAGGACAAGCUUAAAGGAUACUCAUGUGAACAGUGCAUCAAGGAGAGGGAACUGAAGCUACAGUCAUGUGAAUGGUUCUACUGCCAUGUGAGCCAGCGCUUCAAGCGUUUCGGCAGCGCCAAGGUGGUGAGGUCCCUGUACAAGAGGAAGGGAGGAAGCCAGUGUAAGUCGAUGCUGCAGCCAACAGAGUUAGAAACAAUCCCAGCUAGUGGAUCCGACAGUGAGCUGGACAGUGGUUAUGACCCCUCCCAGUUCAACUCACUCCAACAGUCCCCUGUCAGGAAGCGCCCCCCUCUCAAGGGUGUCUUCGAUGCAUUUGAUGAUGAAGAUCCAAUUAAUGAAUUGCCAGUCUCAUCAUCGCGCUCUCCAGUUUCUGAUAAGCCGGUCUCGCGAGCAGCAUCCUUGGAGACAUUACUUACCUCGACAACAAGGGAUCAACGGCUGCUUCAUUUUGAUACCAAGAGAUCGAGGGAAACGGAGUCAGUCAGAGGGAAACCACGCAAAGAUACAAGAGACAUCUACCAGGAGGCAUACGAGAGCGCCCGGAGAGCUGAGGAGAGCAAGUUCAAGACCAAGUUUGAUCAGCUCUUAGCGGAGCUAACCAGAGCCCUGGACGAACAAUCUCCCUCCGGAAUCUCCUCCACCUUCGGGAGUACAUCUUAUGGCGAGGCGAUGUUAACAUUUCGCAGUCGGAUGAAAGAACUCCUCACAGGGUUCUCACAGAGACUGCAGCUUGCCUAUGAAAGUUUUGAUAUCCCCCACGAAGGAGAAUCAACUAGCCUGCAGGUUCGGCAAAAUGUCUCCAAGAUGGUGGAAGGUCUCAUUGGUGAAUCUCUUGAUUUGACAUCGGACGAGGCUGUGUCAGAUCUGUCGUCCUUGUCAGAUGAUUCAGGAGGGGACCAGAACUCAUUUGAGGAUCAGAUUGCUCAAGCCAUUGUUUCCAAGAUACUAGAGAAUCAUAGAAGGGAGGUAAGCGAAAAUCUUGAUCAGCCUGAUGGAAGGUAUUCCUAUGGUGGAUUCAGUGAUGAUGUUGAAGAACAUCAGCCUAGUGAUAUUGUAAAAGACUUCGAAGAAUUGCGAAGCUUUGUGAAAAAGACACAAGCCCGUCCUUCGCCAGUGUCACGUGAUAUAGAAGAGCAGUUGAGCCCAAUUGAUGAAAAGCCAAUUGAAAAAGUAACAUUGAACAAAGACGAAGCAGCUGAGGACUUCCACAUUAGAUGCUCGAGUGCAGAGAGGGUCCAUAAUGCUGAACCACCUCUACCUGAUUUCUCAGAAUUUGAACAUAUAAACUUUGAUACUGACGAAAUCGACCCCGACUUGUUGUCAAUGAAUCUGGCAAUCAUUCCGGAGGAAACAGAGGAGGAGUUGGAGGAUGAAGCAAACGACACUGAUAAGCCGGGACGGGAGAACUGGAUUUUCAAGGGAAUGGUCUCUCCUUAUGACAACCUGGGUAAUCGACGGGUUGGCAAUGAUGAAGGGAAGCCACUGUACAUGAUGGUUCCUCAGCCAGAGGAUGACUUUGUCCCGAAGGUUGGAAACAGCGUCUGUGACACUGGGAUAUGGGAUGCUGACCAGCUCUCUGACCUCUCGGACACUGACGCUCAGGGACAAAGUGCAGAAGACUUGAGUGAUGAUGAAAACACAUUUUACGCAAAAACCUCUGAGGAACUUGCAAGGAUAUCUCGGAAACACUCAACAACUUCUGCGCAGACGGACUCUGAUGCUGACUCGGGUGUUAACUCUAAAAUCUUAACUGGUGCUCUCCGAACUGAGUCAGGUCCAAUUCUGGGACGCAAUAAUGCAGGGGUGGGGACAACACCACAAGGCACCACCUCUAAAGCUGAUCCGGAACCGCUGAAGCUAACAGAGGAAUUUGUUCCUGCUGAGGGAGACGAUCCCACGUUUAUUCUGCCUCCAGAGAGUGUUAGCAUUGCAGAAGGCGAGCCACUGAAAAUAUCAUGUAGAGUCGGUGGGACUUCGGCUAUUGAUGUGUUCUGGUACCGAGAGGACAAGGAGGUGGAGGAACUGGAGGACUCUGAGGACAUAGAGGUCACCAAUGAUGGGGACAAGCACACCAUCACACUGUUCAACCUGACCAAGGAGAAGGCUGGCCAGUACAUGUGUAUAGCCCUGAGUGACCAGGGCAAGUGCACACAGUACUUCAUAGUGACCAUCACAGACAACAAACAAGAACUCAAGAAGCCAGAGUUCAUCAAGGAUAUCAAAGAUGUUGAGGUCAAGGAGGGUCAGAGUGUAAAGUUCAGGUGCAAGGUCAAAGGUUACCCUCAACCAAGGGUCAUCUGGUACAAGGAUGGGAAAUUGCUGAAGAACAGCAAAUUUUGCAGACUGGAAAAAUUCGGGAACCGUGACUACAUUUUGACAAUCGACAACGCAACCCUUGAUGAUGAUGCAGAGUACACAGUUGUUGCCAAAAACAUUGCAGGAAACACAAAGUCUACAGCCGAAGUUAUUGUGGAGUCAGAUCAGUUGGAUUCCAUCCGACCGACAGAGAAGCAGACUGUUUCAUCAACACCCUCCUUCCAACAGAGGAGGAACGACCAGAAUCUGACCAACCUGAGUGACAAGGUGUUGACUGCUCGUAGUGACAUCACUUCCACUGCAGAGAGGAUGCUGGGUACUGCCGAGGAGCUGUCGUUCCUUAAUGAGAAUCUGGAUAUCAUGGACCAGGAGCUCACCACCCUGGAGGGGAAGAUUGAUGAAGAAAAUAACAACCUUAGUCUUGACGACCGACUUGGUGACACAUCAGGUCUUGAAGCUAUAGAGGAAUAUAGGGCAAGGGAGAAAGCAGCCAAAAAUGUUCGCAUGUUGACGUCAUCCGCUUUGAAUGUUUUACGCACAGCGGAGGAAAUUAUUCAGAAUGAGAGAGAGACACCGAGUGACGAUUUCAUGACAAGUACUCCCCGUGAUGGGGAUAUGCUAAAGACAGACACGAGAAAUAACAAUACCAAUGACGACAUGUCAACGGCGUCCACUGACUCCUUUCUGUUUUUGAACAGCUAUGAUGAUUCGGGGAAAAAUAAUGGUGCUACCUCAAAUGACACUCAGGAUGUUAGUGAUCAGCGAAAUCAAUUCAAGAAUGUGAAGGAGUUCUCGUUUGGUGAGACUGAAUCGGACAUGUCAGAUUUUCUAGGUAGAAAGUAUGAUUUGUCGAGUGGACGUCGACAAAGAGCCCUCUCGCCAACGAGUGUGAGGUUCAACUUGCCGGAUGAACCACAUGAUCGAUCUAAUGAAGAUGCUAAGGAAGAAAAAGUCAACUGUGGGCCUAAAGAUGUGGAUGAUAGUCGUUAUGGCAGAGAUUACGAGUUGAAGUCAGGAGGGAAGAAAAAGUGGGAGGUGAAAACAGAUUUCUACUCCCCUCAGGCCGAAAUUGUUAACAGAAAAGAAACAGUUGAAAAUGCAGAAGAGCAGAUCUACAUGGCUGCUGGAAAAGUUUACAGCCUUGAGGAUCGGGUACGUGACCUUGAGUCUAGAGUGACCUCUGGCAAAGGUCAAAUGUCAGAACUGGAAGAUGAAGUGGCAAAGGCAGUUGCACAAGUUGCUCAGAGUGAACGACAGGUUGGCACCAUUGAGCAGACAGUGAACCGUCUUCAUGAAUCAUCAGAGUCAUCGCUCUCUCCAAGAGCAGACAGUCAGCUGUCCUCUCCAAGACUGUCCAUCGACUCGGGCGUGUCCUCCAUCCGAGAGCGUCCUCCCCCAACAGUCCUAGUGGGACACACCUGUGAGGAUGAGGUUCCAGAGAGCCGAGGGGAAUUUGAUGCCGAUUCUGGAAUCGAGCUUCCGUCAGUUCAUCGCCUACGGGCCAUGUUCUCCAAACCAAAAGAAGAGGACUUUGGUGAUGGAACCUUCCAACGGCCUGAAUCUGCUGACGUGAUUCACAGCAUCACUGCUCGACAUGUUCCCAAAGAACAGUUGGAGAGACUAAGAAGGACAGAGCUUGGAUCUUCAGUGCCAGCUCAGUUGGAUGAUUGCAACUACUCCCCUGACCAAUCUCUUUUUGAAACUAGCUCCUCCUCAAUGAACUUCACAUUUGAAGCUCCAAAGCGUGAAACACAUAAAGCCAAUAAAAUAGUCAGCCCUCCUUCAACUUCCCAUUCAGCCAGAUCUCCAGAUCUUUCUCUACCAGCCACCUACAAAGAUUUGGAACCAGGAAAGGAACCGGUUCUGAUCUUCCCAGAACCAUCCCCCUCCUCCCAAAACAUAUCCCAUUCCACCAUCUCCAUGACUACACAGUCACAGCUUCCUGUGUCAGCCUCUUCCUUCACAUCUGACUCUGCCAGUCCUCGUGCCUCAGCAUCACCUAGAACUGGAGCCAGAAGUGCAACGCCAGUGCCCCAAAGAGCAGAUCAUGAACAGGAGCUUGUGGUCUUGAGAGCCACUUCGCCAGGACCUGAUACCUCUGCCACUGAAAGACCAAAGACACCCAAAAUCCGCAGUGGUGCCAUAUCAGCCAGAGCAGCAUUCUGGGAAAAGAGAAUCCUUUUUGGGAGCACCUCUGAUGAAACUGUUUCUGAGGACUUUCCUGAGAUGGUGCAGGAGGCUGACUGUUGACAUGACAGGCGGUGCUUGUAGUCAUUUUUCUACUCAUGGAUCAGAAGAAUCUUGUGUUGGGAAGAUCAAUGCCUCAUCCUUAGAUUUCAAUUUUAUUUGGAAAAAUUAAAACGAUGGGUUCAUGAAAUCAGCAGACAUUGACUUUGCCUCUGUGAAGAUCACCUCAAAGGUCAUGAAUAGAAAUGGUCUUUCUGUUCUUUAGUGUGGUUAUCUUAUCAGGGUAUCUGACUGUGUUUCACAUAAGAACAUCAUGAUUGUAUCAUUUGUUCAUGAAAUAUUUGUCAUACACAAUUCCAGUUGAUCUGGUGGUAGAUGUAUGAGAGAUUUUCAUUACAAACAACCACACUAUGGAUUUUGUGAAGUGCGACAAACAUUUGUGAAUCAUUAUCACUCAUGACAUGCAGUUGUUACACUUAGUUUUAAGUGGAUGUAAGUACUGUCUGAAAAGUUCUUGUGCAAUGGAGAACAAAAGAGAUCUGAGGUUUUACAUUUUUGUCUUGCUGCAAUGUGUUCGUGCGUAUACAGAAAAUGUUUCUGUUCAAUCAUAUCUCAGCUUUCAAAUUACUUUGUUUAUAAUUAUUAUAUCAAUUACAUUCCAUGUGUGAAUUUGUAACUACAUUAAUUUGAAUAUUUCAAAGUUGCAAUAUAAGUGGCUUUUGUAAUAUCUGUGUAUGUAUAUAUGCUUUUGCAUUUUAAGUGUAUAUACUCAAACUCAUCAAAAAUCAAAAUAUUUUUAUACAAUAACAAUUUUGUGAUUGUUCCCACAUGAAGAAAGAAUGAAUACCUAGUGUUCUGCUGGAAUUCAUUUUUGAUUAUGUGAUGAUGGCAAAACAGAUUUAAAUAUGCUAAGACAUUUUGGGUUCUCACAUUAAAAAAACAUUUGCAUUAAGCAUCUUAUUUCAGCUAAGGGAAAACUUCGCACUGGACAAUCAUCACAGUAAAAUAAACUCACUCACCACUUGUCACUCCCACAGCAUUUAUACAAAGGCUAUUGUCUUAGGACAUUGUCCAUUUUUCAGCCUAAGGCCCAAUUUAGUUACUUGUAUUACAUAUUCCCCGGUCACAUUUUGGCAUAAUUGAUAAGAAGAUUCAACAGUAAGUCAUUGUGGAUGGUCACUUGUCUCAAAAUUUGCAGUUACAUUUGGACAAUGUUUGUUGUCCCCAACUUGCUCCAGCAAAAACUUUACUCCACCCCCCACCCCCCACCCCCCGUCCCCCAAAUGUGGGUUUAUACUAUACAUAAAAAUAAUACCGACAUGAGUGCAGUGUAGUAAAAAAUUAAUUUAAUUGAAAUUAUGAUUUGUUUCUUUAUUUCCAAAAGUGAAUACAAAUUCCCCCUCCAGCCUUUGGUUGUUAUUUUUUUCAGGUAUUGUAAAACAAUUAAUUGCAUUGUUCUUGCAUUUUAAUCAAUUAUUAAUCAUAUGUGAUGCCAAUUUUUUUAAUCUGUGAUGAUGUUGCCUUGGAAAAACUGAUUGAUCACGUAAGGUGACAAGUCAUUUGUUCAGCAUUAAGCUUGAGAUAUUACUGAAUACUGUAGUUAGUAUCAAGUACUGUAAUUUGAAUACAGUUUCCUUGCUCAUCAGCAAAUGUAUGUUUUUAUAUUAAGUGCUACUGUCUGAAAGAAACCCUGAGAAAGAUUGCAGUACAUUACCAAUGGAGUCAAAUGUUGACUUACAACGGGAUUAUAAUUUUCUGUUAAUGCAAGAUAAUUUCAAAACUUUUUAAGCAAUAUAAAUGCUUUUCCCAUAAAAAAGGUUAAUUUCUAGAUGUUAUUUAUAGUGUAUUUGUCUGCAUGUUAAUGUAUGUGUAUACAUUUUCUGAAAGACUAUUUUUGACACACAGUUAAAGAGAAUAAAUAAAUCAGAAUUUUAUUUCAUUAAAAUGUCCAAAGUUUGAAAUAUAUUGAACAGUCAGUUAUAGCAUUGGUCUGUGAAGAUGUUACCAAUCACAAUUUGGUACUGUUACAUUUGGCUGAAAUAUUUCCGAUGUGAUGUAGACUUUUAACUCACAGAUAGGAACAUAUUCAUCCAGAUAUACAGGACAAAAUAUUAAUUCUAUUUGUAUUGAAAAACCUAUAACUGUAAUAGGCUGAGCAGAUGUUCAUAUCUCAGCUUGUUCUGUAUUUCCAUACCUAAUUAAAAGUGACUUUAAAUAUCAGUUUUUAAUGGUAAAUAUUUUACUACUUAUGUACAUGUACAGAUCCUCUUGGUUGAUGUUCAUAAGUACAAUACAUUCCACAACCUACCCAUAACAUAUUAAAAAAAAGGAAAACAUCAUCUUUAAGAAUCCAAGAGUACAGUCGAUAAAAUUAAUGUAACUUAAAGGCAUAACAGUUUAGUUGGUCUAUACAGCAUUACCCAGUAUGUAUUGAAACUCUUGUAAAUAUAUCUAACAUCCCAACAAUGAAAACUGCCAUAUAUUCAUGCUUGGUCAGAUGGGAAGGUAUACCUGCUUGUGCAAUAUAUGUACGUCAUUCCAGUACAUAUGGCCCAGCUUGUUUUUAUUUUGAACAAAUAUCUCCUGAUGGACAAAAUCUCAGAAACUGUUCCUGAAGCUGUCAUUGUGAAAAGAUAGUUUCAUGUUUCAGUUUUAUGUUCAUGUAGAACUCAUUAAAUGUUUCAUUUAGGGGCCUGGGAUUUUGUAAUUUUUUAAAUAUCUUGCAACGAUGUAUUUUUUAUGCCAGGUAUAUUUUUUUCAACACUCUGAAGUGUAAUUAUUUUUUCAAGAAUUGUUAUUUUGGCUUUAAAUCAGACAUACAAAGAUGGAAAUAUUUCUUUGAAAUAUCAGAAAUAUAAUAUCCGGAUCAUUGCUUGUAAUUGCAUUUUCAUAUUGUUUCAGAUUAAAUUAGUGAAAAGUCAAGGGAAUGUUAUACAUUUAACUCGUUUUAGUGUUUAAUUCAUUUUCAUAUUAAUGAUAUAUUAUUUAUAUUUUGAUUGCAUGUGUUUAAACAUAUUUACUUUUAAAAGUAAAAAAAUAAUUGCUUAGAAUCAAAUUUUGUUAAUCUGCUGAUUGUAGUAUUUGAUUUAUCAAUGAUUUCUAUGCCUACCUAUCUCCCCACAUGUAUAUGAUACUGUUCUCAUUGUUGAUAAUGUAAUAUCUCAAAUUAAUCUGUCUCAUAGAUAUUAUUUAUGAAUCAUAUUUAUAAGAUCUAGUAGGCAAGUUUAUUCCAUUUCAUCAUUCAUUGAAAUAUCAGUCAAGUAAAGGAUGAAAUGUAUCAUUUUGUGAAAAUGGUUUUGGUGAAAGUAUAUCAUAUAUGUUAUCUUUCAUCAUCAUUCUGAGAUAUGGGAAUCUGUAUUAAGAACCUAUUUAUUUUGAAUAUACAGCAGAGCUAAGUCGUAAACUACAGGAAGGAUACUCACCUCUCAAUGCCAGAAGGAUAUUAAUGUGUUUGUAAAUAGAAACAUUGUUUUAUACAUUGUAUAUAUACACUGAUCAUGUAUUGCCUAAUAGUCUACGUAUUUCUAUGUUAUUGAUGCAGAGCUAUAAAGUUCAACAGAAAUAAAAAAGACGUUACCUACAAAA